AUGAACACAGACUUAACGACAAGUAAUAAUGACUUUAUUAAAGUCACUAGUGAAAAAGAAGAAACCAACAAAUAUGAUAGAGGAAAGCCCACUAAUGUUAAAGAAGUUAUAACGAAGGUGGAGAAAUCAAAAAUUUCUAAACGUGAAAAAAAAAUUAAAUAUGGAUUAAAUCAGGCUGUUAAAUCUGAAAAUUUAUUAACCGAAGAUAGUGGAUAUUUAAUUCCUGAUGACGAUGAAGUCACUACUCAAUUUACACAAAAAGUUAUUAAAAAUUCAGUCGAUCCUCUAAGCGCUUCAAAAUGUUUUGAUUUACAUUUAGAUUUUGGACCAUAUCGAAUGAAUUAUUCCAAAAACGGACGAUAUUUAUUGCUUGGUGGUAAAAGAGGACAUGUUGCAGCCAUAGAUUGGGUUAGAAAAAGAUUAUUUUGUGAAAUGAAUGUCAUGGAAGAAACAUUCGACAUAUCGUGGCUUCACCAGGAGACAAUGUUUGCCGUCGCUCAAAAAAAAUGGGUUUACAUUUAUGAUAAUCAAGGAAUUGAAAUACAUUGUAUGAAGCAAAUGGCUGAUGUUUACAGGCUACUAUUUUUACCAUAUCAUUUUCUUUUAACAUCUGUGAGUACCAAAGGUUUUGUCACUUGGUUAGAUGUAUCAGUUGGUAAAAUAGUUCAACAAUUGUACACAAACAAUAGAGGUAAUUCUUCUACAGUUGCUCUUCAUCCUGGUAAUGCAAUGAUUUGCAUUGGAGAAUCGAAUGGGGUUGUUAAUUUUUGGGGACCAAACAGUAAAAAACCAGCUAUUUCAAAAUUGUGUCAUAAAAGGCCAAUAUCUUCUGUUGCUUUUGAUCCUAGAGGCUUAUAUUUUAUGACAUCUGCACUAGAUAGCACUGUUAAAUUAUGGGAUGCUAGAAAUUUAAAUGGACCAAUUCAAUAUUAUAGACAAAGACAUCCUCCUAGAAGCAUUUCGAUAAGUCAUAAAGGAGUUGUGGCUUAUGCUAUGGAUAAUUUAAUCGAAGUUUACAAAAAUAAUUGCACUAAGGAUGAGGCUGAAACUCAAAUUUAUUUAAGACACAAUGUUUCCAACAUGAUUCGUAAUAUAGAAUUUUGUCCUUAUGAAGAUAUUUUAGGUAUCGCUCAUUCAGGUGGAUUUUCCAGUAUGUUAGUACCUGGAUGCGGUGAACCAAACUAUGAUGCUUUAGAAUCGAAUCCAUUUCAAACUAAAUCACAGAGAAAAGAAGCCGAAGUUAAAGCUCUUUUGUCGAAGAUUCCGGCUGAUCUUAUCACUUGGGAUGCUAAUGAAUUAUUAAAAGUUGACCUUCCUACCAAAGAAGAAAUAAUCGAUGCCCAAAAACAGCUAACGGAUAUAAAAGCUCCUAGCAUAAAAAUAACGCCUAAGAAAAAAACGGGGAGAAAUGCAGGUUCGGUAAAAAUUGCACAAAGGAAAAAAAUUAUGAAAGAAGAAUACAGAAGGACUUAUGUAAAAGAAAUGAAAAAAUUAAAAGGAGAAGAUUCGCCGGAAAAACCGGAAAAAACAAAAAAAUUAUCAGUUUCCGCUUCCGUAUUGGAUAGAUUUACAAAAAAAUAA